UUGAUGAAGAAACUCACCUAUAACGUCAUUUUUAGGGAUUUGCUAUGCUUGGUGGUGGUGUGGCAGGUUCAGUGACCGUUUUAAUAGUCAAGUAUACUAUUCAUGAUCUGACGCCUUUGGAUUAUUAUUUGGGGAUUAUGGAGGUCAUCCAAUGCACUCUCAUCAUGAUGAGUACGGCUUUGCUUUGGGUUUCUCAGCAACCGCAAGAUCAAUAUCAUUACAUUUAAGAUGUAACCUUCAAGGAAUGCAUCACCGAUCAUGAAAAUAGCGCUCAUUCCUUUCCGUCACUUGCUGUGUUGUUGGACAUUCAACCCUUUUUUUCUCUUUUUAUCGUUCUCUCUUUUUGCUUUGGGUGGGUCCAAAUCAGCCUCUUUUUUUUAUAUAUACAUAUCUAUUAUCAUUUUAUCUCAAGAGAAAAAAAGAAAUAUACCUUUGUCAUUCCCCAUGUUCUAUUUCUUGCGCGCUCCGUUUUUACAGACUGCCAUUAUUGUGUUCCUGUGCUUGCCUAGAAUUGAUGCUUACACGACGGUGCGUCCUUCGGUAUCACACGCGCAUCGUGUCACUGGGUAUGGAUGGGUUCAUAAACCUUCCGUUUCUGCGAAAGUGUGGUCGUCAAUCCUUGAUCGGCUGCGUGGCGUCACGGCAACACGGACCAUAUUCACCCCCACCGCGACACCCACAAGUAAUCUGGAAAAUACGUUGAAGCAGUACUUCAAAGUCCCAGAGUGUUAUCAAGGAAAAGGGCCGAGUGCCAAGUUUUCGCAAUACUGGAUUCCUAAAGAAAACGAAUGGGAUGAAGAUGAAGAUGGGCAACGCCUCUUUUUGGGAGGCGAAGAUACCAAAGUCCCCAUUAAAAGCAAGCAUGGUGAAACCCUAGCCAUGGUACCCCGUAAUUUGCGAUCCAAAUGUAAUAUGGAAGGCACAUGCUUAUUAAAGAACGGUUACUUGCUCGGAUUGUCCGAUGAGACUGGCACCUUUGAUGUCAUUGGUCCAGCGAACCGAACGGACGCUUACUUUGGUCAUGGUUCAGAAGAUCAGAACUUGGUACCUUUUGUGAGUGUGGCUGCCAAUGAUUUACCCAACGGGCUCACGCUUUAUAUCCCGGAAUUGGAUGGUAUGCCUUUGGGCAUUGCCGGAGGUGAAUCGCAUCGACACAAUGGUUGCGUACGUGUUGAUGAUGGCGGUUGGUCUUUUGGCGGGUGUCAGCUUGAUUUCUUUGUCGUGACUUAUGUCGAUUAUCUGUGGCUUCAUCUUCCCGAAUCAGUCUCGCCCAAAGUGACCGAUUGCACCAUCCUAGACUACACUUCAACUGCGCAUUUGGCCUAUGUUGGAGCUAGCUUGGAGCACCAUCGGAAAGUCACUCACACCGGUCCACCAAGUGAAUCGCAUCCUAGAAUAGGGAUCCCUCAACCUCAACCUUGGCGUCAACCUCCUCGUCAACCUCCUCGUCAACGUCAGCCUUUGCGUCAACCUCAACCUUUGCGUCAACCUCCACCUUUGCGUCAACCUCCACCUUUGCGUCAACCUCAACCUUUGCGUCAACCUCAACCAUUGCGUCAACCCCAACCGUUGAAUCACCGUCAACAGCAUUCACAUCCCCAUUUACACCCCCAACUGAAAUCACAUGCAUAUUCAUAUUCAUAUCCAUAUCCAUAUCCAUAUCCACAACCAUCACUACAAGCAUUACGACCAUCCUCGCAACCAUCCUUGCAAACAAUCCAGCAUUUAUUUUAAAAUCAUCUUUGGAAAAUUCAAGUUGCAACUGGCGAUGUUCGAGAAAAAUCUUCCGAACAGAAGCAAUGUUGGCAGAAAGUACAAUAUUUUCUCAAUUAGAAAAAGAAACCACAAGGUAGUAAUGACACAAGUCACAGCACGGC